AUGGCUUCCAAUCCUCCAUUCCUAGUGAUGGAGGAUCAAACCGACGAGGAUUUCUUCGACCAAUUAGUCGACGAUGAUUUUGGGCCUACCAGCUCCGAUGCCGCCCCAGCGAGCAAAUUCUCGGAGGGGAGUGAUUCCGAUGAGGCCAAGGCGUUUGCUAAUCUGAGCAUUGAGGACGUCAACGGUGGCAGCGGGGACGGUGGAGUUGUAGAGGAGGUGAGAGAUGAUGAGAAUUCGGGGGAUAUACCUGCUGGGAUUUCUGGGUCUCCAGCGGAGGAGAGUGAUGCAUUGAACUCGUCAGGGUCUGGCAAUGCGGCGGAUUCUAGUAAGGAUGGGUUGAAACCGGAGGUUGCACCUGAUCUAGAUCCAAUUACUGAAGCUGAAUCCACGAAGUCAGGAGCUAAGGAGGUCGGAUGGGGUUCAUUAUAUGCUGGUUCAGCACCAAAUGGGAAUCAUGGGUCGUACUCUGAUUUUUUCAGUGAGCUGGAGGGGCAUUCUGAUGAUUCUCCUGCAAAAGUUGGUGGUAGCGAGAAUGUAGAAACUAAUGUAGUCGGGGAAUUGGGCAAUUCUGUUAGUUAUGAGCAGUAUCAAGACGGUACAGUAGGUCAUGGAGGUUAUUUGCAGGAAAAUGUAAGUGGUCAGGAUGUCAAUAGCACUCAGUACUGGGAAAGUAUGUAUCCUGGAUGGAAAUUUGAUAUGAACACUGGGCAGUGGUACCAAGUAGAUGGUUAUGGUGCAACAGGAGGUGGUCUCGAAGAGAGUCACAAUGCUAAUUUGGGAAGUGAAUGGCCGGCUGCUGCUGAUGGCAAGGGAGAGGUUAACUUCUUGCAGCAGAGCUCACAUUCUGUUGCUGCGACUAUGGCCGAGACAAGCACAACGGCGAGUGUGUCUACCUGGAAUCAGGUAUCUCAAGUAAGUAAUAAUGGUUAUCCAGAACAUAUGUAUUUUGAUCCCCAAUAUCCGGGUUGGUAUUAUGACACAAUUGCACAAGAAUGGCGUUCACUAGAGAGCUAUGUUUCAUCAGUACAACCAGUGAUUCCCCAAGCUCAUGAGCAACAGAAUCAAAAUGGAUUUGGUUUCAACAGUUCUUAUUCGCAGAAUGGAAGCCAUGCAUAUGGGGAAUUUGGGCAAGCAGAGAAAUAUGAUUCACAUGGUUACACAAGCCAAGGACAGGAAGUCGGCGGGGGUGAGUCACCUGGAAGCUUUAACAUGUGGCAAGCUGAGACUGGUCCCAAAACCAAUUUCAAUUCAGAUUUUGGCCAAAAGCAGCAGUUGCAUAACUCCUACAGCUCCAAUGCGUCCAUGAGCAAUCAUCUUGACAAUCAAAAUUCCUUUAAUACCUUGGGCACUGUUCCCUCAUAUGAGAAGACAAUGCAAGGUCAUCCUGAUGGCAAUGGGUUUUUGGGUUCACAAAAUUAUGGUGGCAACUUCAAUCAGCAGUUUAAUCAGGGAAAUUUGAAGCAGAUUGAGCAGAUGAGUUUAUCAAAUGACUUCUAUGCCAGUCAAAAGCCAGCAAGUUUUACUGAGCAAUCAUAUCAGAACAGUCAGCAAAAUUCUUAUCAGCCAGGAACUGGAAGAUCUUCUGCUGGCCGUCCUCCACAUGCACUGGUUUCUUUUGGAUUUGGUGGAAAGCUUGUUUUAAUGAAGGAUAGUACCCUUGGGAACACUUCAUUUGGCGCUCAGGAUGCUGGUGGGUGUUCAAUUUCUGUUAUGAAUUUGAUGGAGGUUGUUUCUGGAAAUAGCACUGACAAUAUGUCAACUGUUGGAGGCACAUCCUGCACUUAUUUCCGCCCUCUCUGCCAACAAUCUUUCCCUGGACCGCUGGUGGGUGGGAAUGUCGGAAGUAAGGAUUUAAAUAAGUGGAUUGAUGAGAGGAUUGUCAAUUGUGAAUCCCCUGAUACGGAUUACAGAAAAGGCGAAGUGUUGAAGCUUCUCCUAUCUUUGCUUAAAAUAGCUUGUCAGCAUUAUGGAAAACUUCGGUCUCCCUUUGGAUCAGACACAUCUUCAAAGGAAAGUGAUACUCCAGAAUCAGCUGUUGCAAAACUUUUUUCAUCUACCAAGAAGCAGUUCAAUGAGUAUGGUACUCUUAGCCACUGCUUGCUAAAUUUGCCAUCUGAAUCACAACUUCGGGCAACUGCUUCUGAUGUACAAAAUCUUCUGGUUUCUGGUCGGAAAAAAGAAGCUUUACAAUAUGCACAAGAAGGUCAGUUGUGGGGACCUGCACUUGUGCUUGCAUCACAACUCGGAGAUCAGUUCUAUGUUGAUACUGUGAAGCAGAUGGCAUUACGGCAAUUGUUGCCAGGAUCACCUUUGCGCACAUUGUGCCUUCUUAUUGCUGGGCAACCAGCAGAAGUUUUUUCCUCGGGUACUAGACCUGAUGCCGGUCCUUUCGGUGCUGCAGUUGGUACUCAACAAUCUUUGCAGACUGGAGCAAAUAGCAUGCUUGAUGAUUGGGAACAGAAUUUGGCUUUAAUAACUGCAAAUAGAACGAAAGAUGAUGAGCUUGUCAUCGUACAUCUUGGAGACUGUCUGUGGAAGGAUAGAAGUGAGAUCGUAGCAGCACAUAUAUGCUAUUUAGUUGCCGAAGCGAACUUUGAGUCGUAUUCAGACACUGCAAGGCUGUGUCUUAUUGGUGCAGAUCACUGGAAGCAUCCUCGUACUUUUGCUAGCCCGGAGGCUAUUCAGAGAACGGAGCUUUAUGAAUAUUCUAAGGUGCAAGGUAACUCCCAGUUCAUCUUGCAGCCGUUUCAGCCAUAUAAGCUUGUUUAUGCGUACAUGCUGGCUGAAGUAGGCAGAGUCUCGGACUCUUUGAAGUACUGUCAAGCAGUAUCCAAAUCUCUGAAAACGGGUCGAGCUCCUGAAAUAGAGACUUGGAAACAAUUAUUGUCGUCCCUUGAAGAAAGGAUUAGAAUCCACCAACAGGGUGGAUAUGCUGCAAACUUGGCACCAGCAAAGCUAGUCGGUAAACUGCUCAACUUCUUUGAUAGCACCGCACACCGUGUUGUUGGUGGUCUGCCGCCACCAGCACCAUCAACUUCCCAUGGUCUACAUAGCCAUGAGUAUGAUCAGCAACUGAUGGCACCUCGAGUCGCUGCUAGUCAAUCAACAAUGGCUAUGUCUACAUUAGCACCGUCUGCUUCAAUGGAACCCAUAAGUGAAUGGGCAGCUGAUGGCAAUAAAAUGGGAAGACACUCAAGGAGUGUAUCGGAGCCCGACUUCGGAAGAACUCCAAGACAGGGCCAGGCUCAUUCAUCAACAGCCGGAUCCCCAUCCAGUUCUCAAGAUAAGACAUCUAGUUCAACAGGAGGAUUGCGCUUGGGUCGUUUUGCUUUUGGCUCGCAACUACUGCAGAAGACUGUGGGUCUAGUGUUACGGCCUCGCUCAGAUAAACAGGCCAAGUUAGGUGAGAAGAACAAAUUCUAUUACGAUGAAAAACUCAAGAGAUGGGUGGAAGAAGGUGUAGAACCUCCAGCUGAGGAAGCUGCCCUACCACCUCCACCAACUACUGCAGUGUUUCAGAAUGGAGCGUCGGACUACAACCUGAAAUCUGCACUGAAGAGCGAGGGCUCCCCACCUAGUGGGAGUCCAAAAUUCCGGAGUUCAGCUACGCAAGAGCAUAGUUCAGGCAUCCCUCCUAUUCCCACCAGCUCUAAUCAAUUUUCAGCCCGUGGAAGAAUGGGCGUACGUGCUAGGUAUGUGGACACCUUCAACCAAGGUGGUGGAGGCGCAGGAACAAACUUGAUCCACUCAUCACCCAAACCAUCUCCCAAACCUGCUGUCUCCAUGAACACUAAGUUCUUUGUUCCUGCACCUGCACCUGCACCUUCGUCUGCCGAUAAUUUGUUGGCUGAAGCUGUGGCUGCAGAAAAUGUGCAAAACAAUGCUCCAGCAGCGGCGAGUGAAAUGCCUUCAACAUCCUCCAUGACUGAUUCUUUUCAGUCUCCUCCCACAGCUUCUUCGCCACCUUUCCAGCCUCGUAUGACAUCUUCCUCCAUGCAAAGAUUCCCGAGCAUGGACAACAUUGUCAAAGGAGGGAAAGUUGGCGGCUUAAAUGUCAACAGUGGUGCGCCCCACUCUCAAUCUCGACGAACUGCAUCUUGGAGCGGUACUUUCAACUCAUCGUUCAGCCCGCCAAGGCCAACAACAGAGAUCAAAUCGUCUCUUGGCAUGCCACUGACGGCAGGCCCCCCUUUGAUUCCAGGCGGUGACCCUUCGAUGACUCAGAUGCCAACAAAUGGUGGCAGCUUUGGUGAUCUCCAGGAAGUUGAACUUUGA